UCAGAAUUCUUAAUGCAUCAAUGACAAAAAGAACGCAUAUAAAUGGGACUUGAAUAUGAUCAGCAAACACAAACUAAUCUCUAGCCUUCCGUCUCCCUCUCUUUCUUUAAUGGCCUUUUCGGAAGAACUUGGAGUUGUCAACGAAGCUUUCUCAGGUCUUGGAAUUGAUGAGAAGUCGCUUAUAUCCAUUCUGGGGAAGUGGGAUGCAAAUCAGCUAAAAUCUUUCAGGUUAGGAACUUCUCGUUUCUUUGGUGAGGAUGAAAGGUCAUUUGAAAAACUGGUUGAGCAUCAAAUCAAUCAACUCAAGAACGACUUUUUACGCUUUAAAAGUGCAUUGGUACUGUGGACGAUGCACCCAUGGGAAAGGGAUGCACGUUUGAUUAAAGAUGCAUUGUUAGAUGGCCCCAAAUCCAACAACGUUAUCGUAGAAAUUGCAUGCACACGAUCUUCAGAAGAGCUACUCGGUGCAAGAAGGGCUUAUCACUCCCUCUAUGAACGUUCUGUUGAAGAAGAUGUUGCUUCUUAUAUCACCACCACUGAACGCAAGCUGUUCGUAGCAUUGGUAAGUGCAUAUCGUUACGAAGGCACAAAGGUGAAUGAAGAAGUCGCAAAAUCUGAGGCGAAAAUAGUCUUUGAAGCUUUGAAAAAUGCCGAUAAGAAAAACCCUCUCUUGGAUGAUGACGUAGUGACAAUACUAGCAAUUAGAAGCAAGCUCCACAUCAUGUCAUUGUUCCAGCAUUACAAAAAAAUCAGUGCCAACUCUAUUGACGUGGAUCUUGGGACAAACGAGAGCUUGAAAGACACAGUGCAAUGCAUAUGUGCACCACCUACUUACUUUUGCAAGGUUAUGGAAGCGGCUAUGGUGAAAGAAGCUGAUGAGAACACAAGGGAAGGUCUUACAAGGGUGAUUGUUACCCGAGCUGACGUUGAUAUGAAGAAUAUCAAAGAGGAAUAUCAACACAAGUAUGCGAUCACAUUGUCAGAAAGAAUUAAGGUUGCAGCUAAUGGAAACUAUAAAGAUUUUCUACUUACACUAAUCUCAAGAGAAGAGACAAAGUAAGGUUUGAUAAUGAAGAGGACCAAGCAAACGUAUAUCGCUAAAAAGUUAUGCUUUGACAGAUUUAAUCUGUUGGUUUUAAAUUCAUUUAAUGUCAAUUUUCCAAUCACAAUUUCCGAGUUGUCUUGUUCUUUUACUGCAUGAGUUUGUACCCUUGAAAAACGAUACAAGCAACAGCCAAAGCUUGUGUUUAUGCUUGCCUUGGUAUACUUCUGUUUAAGAAUGCAUGUUCGCCGCAGAUUAAUAAUAAAGUUCUAUAAUUUUUUU